UAUAUUAUGAUAUAUAUUUAAAUAUACAGGGUGUUAAAAAAAACCCAUUCAAUAUUUAUGUGGUAUGUAGGAUACACUGAAUUGAGUAAAAAAUCUUUAGUAAACAUAGAUCGAAAGGUCAACCGUUUUUAAGAUAUAAACAUUUCUUAGAUAUAGACAUAAUCUUAUUCUAUAUACUAUAUAAAUAUUGAAUGGUUUUUUUGAACACUCUGUAUAUUAAACAGAAAUAUAAUAUAUUUAAAAGAGAAAAGAAUUCGGUCAUAAUCGUUUACCCUCGGAGAAGUUCGGUCUACGUCUAGCGACACCUAGCGAAAAUCAGUCGAAGUAUUUUUCCUUAUACGAAGGGAUAUUUAGUUAACAUUAAAUCGUGGGUGUAAGAUGCGCUUGUGUGUUUACUUUGGUGAACCCUAUUAAUGCUUGAAAAGUGAGUCUAUGAAAAGUGUUAACAUCAACGAGAUCGACAAAUUCGGAUCGAUCUUCGAAGAAAGGAACGUUUUAGAAUGUGCGGGCACGAAGCUUGCUACAAUAAAUUAUCUCGACCGGAUAUAUGAGGGUCCGGUGUGAAACUAAAAGGUUUCCGUCGUUGCGUUUUUCCAAAAAAAUUAUUUCAGGAUGGAAGAAGAUGAUGUACAAAAUAUAAGAACUGCGGUGGAGAACAUCCUAAGCGGUUCAAUUAAUUCUCAAAGAAGUUCUUACACGCAACAAAGUUUUACGAGAACGUCAGAUAUUGUCCUCAGCGAAGAUCUAAUAGCUGGUGCUAGGGAAGGCGGCAGGAUGUCUAAUGUCCGCCGUUUUUUUUGUUUAUUCAUAACAUUUGAUCUUCUUUUGACCGUGCUUAUGUGGCUUAUUUGUAGUAUGAUAGCUGGUGAAAAUUUGGAAACAGCAUUUUUCAACCAGGUUGUACAUUAUCACAUAAAAACGUCCCUUUUCGACAUUGUGAUGGCAGCCAUAUGCAGGUUCACGGUGUUGUUGCUCUUUUAUGCAUUGCUCUAUUUAAAUCAUUGGAUCUUCGUAGCCUUAACGACUGCCUCUACGUGUGCCUUUUUACUCGCCAAAGUAUUUCUUUUCGAUUGGUUAGCAUGCAACCAGCCAGUCUUUCAAGUUCUACUGAUACUCACGUCUUUCAUUCUUUCUUGGGCAGAAGCUUGGUACUUCGAUUUCCGCGUGAUACCUCAAGAAACACAUGUUAUAAAUUGGAUACGAAACAUGUCAAACGCGGAAAGAGCACCUCUCAUUCAAGCUACCACCGCGAAUCCACAUCAAUACAGUUCAAUCGAGCCGCCACGUAACUUUUAUACACCAAUGGAUUCUCCAGCUCACUCGGAUAACGAAGAUGAACUUGUUAGGAGACAGGAUACUGCAAAUGAAAUCUUUAUUCAUAAGCCAAUAUCAAAAUUAACAGCUGAUAAGAUUGAAGAAUAUAAAAUGACGGCUAAAAAGUUAUUAAAAGAUAGUCAUGACUUAUUAACGUCCAAAGAGUGGAAAAUAGAAACUACAAUGUCGUGCGGUGAUAUAAUUUCGUAUAUGCAAACCAAGCGACCAGAAGGAAAAAUAAUGAAAAUUACAGGUAUAGUGGAUGCACCAGCCAGUAUGCUCGUCAAUUGGUUGUUCGACGGUGUCGAAGCAUCACCAACAUGGAAUAAACUUGUAACCGAGUCGAGGAAAUUGCAGCACAUCGACGAGAACACAGAUAUAAUUUAUCAAGCUACGGGUUCGCAGGGUGGUGGACUGAUUGGUGCACGAGAUUUUAUUAUUUUAAGACACCGUAAUAAGUUUGGUAAUUAUUACAUAAGUAGCGGUAUGUCAGUGACCUUAAAAUCAUUUCCAAGUCGAAAAAACGUUGUCAGGGGUGAAAAUGGUGUAAGUUGUUGGGCUGCCGAGAAAUUAGCAGACGGUGAUAGUAGCAAGUGCCGUUUCACAUGGAUCCUCAAUACCAAUUUAAAGGGUUGGAUACCUCAAAAAGUUGUGGAUAAAUCAUUAUCCAUAGCCUUAGUAGAAUUUAUGUCAUAUUUGAGAAAGAAUUUGGACGAAUCUCGAAGACACGCUGCUACCUAAAAUGUCACCAAAAAGUUUCUAUAUGUCUAAUUUGAAGAAGAGUUUAUCAUGACAGUUACGUUAUAUGAACGAACAAAUUAUUGAUUAUUCACACUAUUAUACAUAAACACAAGAGCACAUAUAUAUGUACAGUAUGCGAAUUUCGAGAAAAUCAACAUUUUUUUUUUCUUGAAGUAAAUACAAAAGACGACGCUUUGCAUUUUAUUUGAAAUAAAAAAAGGAGGAAGAAAAUAAUAAAAACAGAAAAGAAAAAGAAAUUUUUGUUGACAAAUGUGAGCAAGUUGAAAAAGAUAAUGUGGGUGACGAGAGGGGAGGAGGGAGAAGUUUUGAUUAACAUGGUGCCGAAGUGUUCUCUAUUAUGAAAAAAACAAUUUCUUUUCUAAUAAGAUUUAUUCUCGUUUAUAAUUUGUUGCUUCAUCGGUAUAACCACGUUCAAUUGAUAAAUUUUAAGAUACGCAUUAGAAAGAUGAUAAAUAUUAUUAAUAAGAUAUAAAAAUAAUUUAUCUUUAAAGAGACGUUCGUGAUAUUCUUAAUAAUGUAAAUAUACUGACAUUUUUAUGUACAAUCUAGUUUUUGCUACCUUUGUUCAUCUUUUAUUUUUAUUAUUAUUAUUUUUUAUAUAAUAAUAAUUCAUACAGGCAUAUGUAAACUUUAGUUAAUAAUGCUUAUCGAUGAUUUAUUUACUUUACGUUAAAAAAUAGGAUAAGCUGCAAGAUUAAAAAAACCAAACACAUUAUUAUUAUUAUUAUUAAUUUUAAGUUUAUUUUAUAAACGUUGUAUUCUUGCAUUCCCAAAGUGAAAAAAUAAAAAAAAACGAAGUUCCUGAUGGGUGCGAUGAAUGAAAGUAACAGUGCGAUUAAAGAAUCUUUAGAAACAUUCGUUUUUUCACAGUGUACAUAAACAAUGUAUAUAAUUGAUCUUAUAUAUAUUUACAUACAUACAUGCAUACAUAUAUGCAUACAUACAUACCUGCAUACAUAUAUACAUACAUACAUACGUACAUACAUACAUACGUAAAUACAUAUAUACAUGCACGAACGUUUGAAUGAAUGCAUUAAAUGUAAUUUAACCGUGUGGUCAUUUUUAUUUGAGCGCUCGUCUCAAAUUUUUAAAUGUAAAUUGUUUUACAAACUCUUAAUCGAUUUCUUUGUAAUUAAAAUUUUUGUCUAUUUAUCCGAACUCUAUUAUUAGAGAAAUCUCUCCAAAAAAAAGAAAAAAGGGAGAUACUCUUUAGAGAGAACAAAAUUAAAUUGAAUUGAAUUUGAUUGAACAUAAAUUACUGACAAUAAGUCAAACAAAGAAUUCAUUUAUUAAUUUUCUCUUUGAUGAUGAUGAUUGCUAGUAUUAUUUUUAUUUUAACAGGAUUAAUUGU